UGUCAGUAGUGCCCCCUCCCCACGCUCGGCGUGUUCGUCUUCAUUGUCUCCCGCUCUUCGCGUCUGCCAUGCGUACUGUCCUCAAGUGACUCUGCCGCCCUGCAUGCCCUCUUUGCGUCUAUCUUUCCCUCCCAGAGCAUGCCGAGCCACACCCACCCAAAGUCAGGCUCCCGAAGCUUCCACCCCCAAACUCCACGGUUUGUCACACACUGGGAAGAAGGGGGAAACCGAGGCAGGAGAGACUGCCCAGUCUGAGGACCCGGGAGCCCCGCCCGCAGUGGGUGGGGUCGGCACAGAAUGGGUUAAGCUCGCGGGGGAAGUUUGGGGCUCCAGGCCCAGGGGCGGAUCUUGGGGCUUCCUCCCUCCUGGUCCAGGGGUGCAACUGCUGUGGAGGUGGCUGAUGCAGGUUUCCAUCCCUGGGGCAUGACCAUGCAGCUAGGCCCGGCCCUGGUGCUAGGGGUGGCCCUGUGCUUGGGGUGUGGCCAGCCCCAGCUGCAGGCCCCUGAACACCCCUUCUUGGUGCUGUGGAAUGUACCCUCAGCACGCUGUAAGGCCCGCUUUGGUGUGCACCUGCCACUGGAGGCCCUGGGCAUCACAGCCAACCGUGGUCAGCAUUUCCAUGGCCAGAAUAUCACCAUCUUCUACAAGAAUCAACUUGGCCUCUAUCCCUACCUUGGGCCCAGGGGCACAGCUCACAAUGGGGGCAUCCCCCAGGCUGUGCCCCUUGACCGCCACCUGGCACAGGCUGCCAAUCAGAUCCGCCACAGCCUGCUACCCGGCUUCGCUGGCCUGGCAGUGCUGGACUGGGAGGAAUGGUGUCCACUCUGGGCCGGGAACUGGGGCCGCCGCCACGCCUAUCAGGCAGUCUCCUGGGCUUGGGCACAGCAGGUAUUCCCCAACCUGGACCCCCAGGAGCAGCUCUACAAAGCCCGUACUGGCUUUGAACAGGCAGCCCGUGCACUGAUGGAGGACACGUUGCGGCUAGGCCGAGCACUGCAGCCUCACGGGCUCUGGGGCUUCUAUCGCUACCCAGCCUGUGGCAAUGGCUGGCGCGGUCGGGCUUCCAAUUACACAGGCCACUGCCAUGCAGCUGCCCUGGCCCGCAACACCCAACUCUAUUGGCUCUGGGCUGCCUCCAGCGCCCUCUUCCCCAGCAUCUACCUACCACCCAGGCUACCACCUGCCCAUCACCAGGCAUUUGUCCGAUACCGCCUGGAGGAGGCUUUCCGUGUGGCCUUCACUGGGCACCUACAUCCCCUGCCUGUCCUGGCCUACGCCCGCCUCACACACCGGAGGUCUGGGAGGUUCCUGUCCCAGGGUGAACUCAUGCAGACCAUUGGUGUGAGCGCUGCACUGGGGGCAGCCGGCGUGGUGCUCUGGGGGGACCUGAGUUUCUCCAGCUCUGAGGAGGAGUGCUGGCAUCUCCAUGACUACCUAGUGGGCACCCUGGGCCCCUAUGUGGUCAACGUGACCAGGGCAGCCAUGGUCUGCAGUCACCAGCGGUGCCAUGGCCAUGGCCGUUGUGCCUGGCAAGACCCAGGACAGCUGGAAGCCUUUCUGCACCUGCAGCCAGAUGGCAGCCCUGGAGCUUGGGAGUCCUUCAGCUGCCGCUGUUACUGGGGCUGGGCUGGCCCUACCUGCCAGGAGCCCAGGCCUGACCUUGGGCCUGAAGAAGCAACAUAAAGCCAGGGGUCACCUGCCCCUGACCUCCUUGUCCCUGCUGCCAUUUUUCCAGUCCUGGGGUGGUGGCUCUGUCACACUCUUGUUCUAUUUUGCUUACAGUCAAUUCUCCUGUGCACAUAUCCCACUUCCCAUGGGAUCCCUGGGGAGUGGAAGAGGCCAGAAGAAACGCACCAGUUUAAAACCAGAGGCCCUCUGAGAUCACCUGAUCCCUCCUGACAAGGAAGCAGCCCCAGGAAGUCAGUGUUCCAGAAGUUUAGGGCUGCCAGCCCAGGGAUCUAUUCUACAUCUCACUGAGAACAUGGAGAGAUCACAGGAAACCCUCCACGGGCAGGAGGGUGGGGAGGCUAGAGGGGAGGGGAGUGGAGUGGGGUGGGCCAGGGAGAUCUUGGCUAAGAUCUGUAAGUGCUAAGCUGUUGUCUGUACUGUUUUCAUCAUAAAGUUACUUCUUUCACUGCCUAAGGUUGAGCUGUUCCCCGAUUCUACUGAAACCCACCCUCCCCUCGUCAUUGCUAGCAUCCCGCUGCAAGAGCCCAGAGAUGCCGGUCCUGCGUGGUGGGCAGCUCCAAGGGGACAGCUUCAGAGUUAACCACUACACGUGUUGGGGGCCGCAGGGCAUUGUGGGUGCAUAGUUCAGCUAAAGCGGCGUGGGCUUAUAGGUCCCGGGAGUAGACUACAAU